CAUGCGCCUUGUCUCGAAAUUGUGAGGACAUGCUCAGACCCUGCUCGAGCAGGAAGUUCCUGCAAGGUGUGCGACCACGUGUUUGGGUCAGGGCGAAACAUGUUGUUUACACUCGCGAGCAGUCUGCUUUAAGGUUGGAACAAAUCUUGAUUGUCUUCCCCCACGCACAAACGUUCGCGCAUAAAAGAUGCAAUAAAAAUAAAAACCUCCCUCCCGGGCCAUGCCGUGUCUCAAGCUCGCGAGGACGAAAGGAGAAGAAGAUGAAGGGACGAUCGGCCGCGUCUUGGGCCCCAUUCCCUCAAUCUGCAGUGGGAAAAGCUUAUUCUGCCAGCGCGGGACUACUAACACUGCAGGAUUGCCUAUCGCGGAUCUUUUUGGUGCCGAUUCGAACAGAAUAUCAUCUCGAGAAGGUUGUGAGACCAGCUAUGCAACGGCUCGGGGAAUCGGGAUGCGGCGGCUCUUCGUGCUCGUUGCUCGCACGUCUAUCUCCCAGACCUACAGUCUCGCUGCCACAUACUUGCCGCGACUCUCGACAGCAGCGCAUGACGCGGCUGUCGCACUUCCAAUACCAGUCUGAAUCUUCUGCCAACCGGGCCUUCCUGAGGGAACGUGGAAGUCCCGUGAGGCAAUCCGGCGCGAAAUCGAUCCUUACAGUUGAUCUGCCCCUUUCUGCUUAGGUUGGUACUGCAGACCACCCC